GUGCUAAAUAUAUUCUCCAAAAGGUUGAUCCUGUCAUUAUGUAAUGCUUAAUUAGAACACGCCACGUGGCAUCCCCACUGAGAAAACCUUGGAUCCCACAUGCCAAAUAGUCCAUCUAAGUAUAUGAGGACAGACGCCCACCUAAUAGAUCAAACCCAAUGGAAAAUGCUCUACUUCCCUUCCUCAUCCUCACUCUCCUCCUCAAUCUCCGGCCGGCAGAAUCCCCCGAUCCGGCAUGUCAGAACACCUGUGGCUCGUUGACGGUCAAGUACCCCUUUGGCACCGGCUACGGAUGCGGCUCUCCACGGUUCCACCCUUAUGUGACUUGUGUCCACGUGCAAGACCACGACGAGCUGGUCCUCGCCACCCACACCGGUUCAUACCUGGUAACCUCCAUAUCCUACACAACCUCCACCCUAAUCAUCUCCCCACCCUACAUGUCCACUUGUACCUCCAUGAAGCCCUCGCCCAACCUGGGUCUCGACUGGUCCGGUCCGUUCGAGCUCGGCUCCUCGACAUUCGUCCUCCUCCAUUGCAAUCCCCCUGCUACUUCCCUCACCAUCAAGGGCUCACCCAUAUGCGAUAGCAGCUCCUCCAAUCUGUGCGCUUCGAUGUACGCAUGCCCGGCCGUUCUCACCCUCGGGUUGCCACUGUUUUCCCCGACCAACACGUGCUGCGUCUAUUCCCCGGCGAACUUCGAUAGCAAGGGUGAGUUGGACCUUCAGGCCUUGAAAUGUAGCGGGUACGCCCCGGUAGUGUCGCUUGGGGACUACCCGACCGACCCGACGCAGUGGGAGUACGGGGUGGAGCUGAAGUACACACAAGGGGCAUUCGAAAGUAACCACAUGGACACCAAGUGCCCAACUUGUGAGAACAGUGGUGGGGUGUGCGGGUAUGAUAACUCUCCAAGCCUUGCCUUUGUUUGUGUUUGUGGUGGUGGCUAUAACACCACCACGGAUUGCUACACAUAUAAUCAGCUGGAGGGGAUAUUCUGGAGUUCAGCUUCUUCUCCAAGCAGGAAGGAUCGUUGGAGCAGUUUGUUCUACAGUGGCCUGGUUUUGUUUGCUGCGGCCUGUUCGAUGAACCAAAGCUUGAGAAGCUUCUUCUUGCAAGUUGGAAUCAAUCCACGAACGAAUCUGUAAAGACGCAAAGAUCAUGUCAAAGUGGAGAAUAAAGGCUUACUGUCGAUUCUUCACAUAUGAGCGGGCAUCUUCUCUACUUUUGCAUGCAUGGGUUAGGUUCUAUUCUUUUGCUGUUGGACAUGACAUUUGCUAAGGAUUUACUUAGUUAACCUUUUGCUUUGAUUAUC